AUGCCGCAGCAAGUCCCCACCGCCUCCCACCUCUCCGACCUCUUCAGCCUAAAGGGCAAAGUCGUCGUAAUUACCGGCGCUUCCGGCCCCCGAGGCAUGGGCAUCGAAGCAGCGCGCGGGUGCGCUGAGAUGGGCGCCAAUGUCGCAAUUACCUACGCCUCACGCCCAGAAGGAGGCGAGAAGAACGCCGCCGAGCUAGCGCGCGACUACGGCGUCAAAGCCAAGGCUUAUAAGUGCGACGUCGGCGACUUCAAGAGCGUUGAGAAGCUAGUACAGGACGUGAUUGCCGAGUUCGGGCAAAUCGAUGCUUUCAUUGCAAAUGCCGGCCGGACUGCGUCCGCGGGCGUUCUUGAUGGUUCUGUUAAGGACUGGGAGGAGGUCGUGCAGACGGAUUUGAACGGGACAUUCCACUGCGCGAAGGCGGUAGGACCGCACUUUAAGCAGCGUGGGAAGGGGUCCCUUGUUAUCACUGCUAGUAUGAGCGGGCACAUUGCCAACUACCCGCAAGAGCAGACUAGCUACAAUGUUGCGAAGGCGGGCUGCAUUCAUAUGGCGCGGUCGCUGGCGAACGAGUGGAGGGACUUUGCGCGCGUCAACUCUAUUUCGCCCGGUUAUAUUGAUACCGGUCUGAGUGACUUUGUCGACAAAAAGACGCAGGAUCUGUGGCUGAGUAUGAUUCCUAUGGGGCGCCAUGGUGAUGCGAAGGAGCUUAAGGGAGCGUAUGUUUACCUGGUCAGCGAUGCGAGUACGUACACCACUGGUGCGGAUCUGGUUAUUGAUGGCGGUUACACCUGCCGAUAA